AUGGCAGUAUAUCUUGUUCUGGUGCUCAUAGUAGUCCUCAGAGUCAAACACCCUGUGGCAUAUAUCGCAGAAGAAGUGCUCGGGGUGGAAUUUGCGCCCCACAGCAGUGAUGUAGGAGCCUCUGAUGGCCUUGUCGCAGGUGGAGCAGAUAAGAUCGAUGCGCUUGAAGUAGUCGUAUUCACAAAGAGGCACCUGGACGGUGUCGCCAUCGACCUGCACGUCGGCGGCAAAGAACUUGCUGGAACAGGGGUUGCCGCAGUCGUGGCAGCGAAAACAGUCGACAUGGUAGAUUCUGUCCAUGGCGCGCACGAGGGUGCCGAUGAUCGUUUUGCCGCACUGGUAGCACAGCUUAGGGGGUUUCCGGGACACCACGCCGUCUGUGGAGCUGUUUUUGCGCGAACUAUCGGAAGAAGCUCCAAGAACGCGCUUGGCAUCUCCGAUGUCCACAUUAUUCAGUCCUGGGACCAGGCUGGCGUCAGAAACCUCCGCACCGUUGGCUGCUCUGUUGCCAUUGGCUGGAUGAGACAUUUGCACGCGCUGAAGGAGGGACAGGGCACAAACGAGUGUGGAACGGGAUUUGAGACACUGGGGCGCCGUGGUUGA